AUGCUGAUCAGGGACCAGUUCAACCUCAACCCAAUUGACACCUUGGGACGUCCCGCCGUCUCCCGAUGCCAGGGGAACUUCCCUGUGUUGACAUUCUCCAAGGUUGCUUGGAUCGGAGAGGCCUGGAAGCUAAAAAGGCGUGCUAGCGGAGCCGCAGACGUCAUUCGCGACAUGGUGUCUUAUGCUGAGAUUGCUGCCAAGGGCCCCAAGCAGACUCCCGAGGAGGCUGCUGCCCCUCUCCCUCCCCAGAUCGAGGUUGACGAGUCUACCUCCACUUCCUCCCUGAUCGACGUCGAUACCCCUUCUGUCCACACCGUCCCUUCCGACUUCCAAGAGCAGGAAAUCCAGACCGAGACCCAGGCCACCCGCGUCGAGCAGGAGGAACAAGCAGCCAGGGAGGAGGCCGAAAGGGCCAAGGCCAAGGCCCGCGCUGAGGCCGACCUCGCGAAGAAGAAGGCCAAGAGCAAGGCCAAGAAGGCCGACAACUGGUUGACCAAGCAGUUCGCCAGCUUGAGCGAUGGUACCACUGGUGCUCUCGCUGCCGUCAACCUUUUCGCCGUUGUUGGUCUUAGUGGAUGGCUCGGCUACAGGGCUUGGGGCCUCUACGACCGCAGGCAGUUCACGUGGCAGCAUGCCGGCCGUGGCGCUGGUAUCCUCGCCGCUGUCGCCGUCUUCGAGAGUGUAUUCAGCGGGUACCUCGCCAAGGGCAAGAAGGCCAAGGACCAAUAG